AAAGACCAUAGCGUCCCCAUGACCACGAUCGCAAAAUGUUAAUAAAUGCGUGGCUACCUCUACCUUUUUCCUCGUGUCCAUACAUAAUACUCUCCAUGUCCAUACUGUGACAUUCACUCUCAACUAAAUUUUUCGUUAUCGUUUUUGGAUUAGCAGGCGAGCACGUCGUUAAAAGUCAGUCUUGCCCAGAAAGUAUGGCAAAUGGCCGGAUCCCAACUACAGUCCCGACGACCGAGUACCAGGACCUCUUACCGAUCAUGGCCGAGAAGCUUGACGUAGAUUCCUUUGUGGCCGAACUCUGUGCUGGAUUCCGGCUUCUAGCAGAUCCUGCGACUGGCUUAAUAACAUCGGAAAGCCUUCAGAGGAAUUCCGCCCUUCUGGGUAUGGAAGGGAUGACCCUAAAGGACUCGGAAGCGAUGGUGAAGGAAGGUGACCUGGAUGGAGACGGUGCACUCAACGAAACCGAGUUUUGCAUCUUGAUGGUGAGACUCAGCCCUGGGAUGAUGCAAGAUGCAGAAACAUGGCUUCAGAAGGCGCUCGAACGAGAGUUACACAAGUCAGUUUAAUCUGUUUCGUUCGACAAUUUGGAGAAAGAUUAGCUAGUGUUUAAUCAUUCAUGCUAUGUUAUUAUGCUGUAUUCUGCCUUUCUCUCUCUCUCUCUCUCUCUGCCUGUAUCUGCUUUGACGAACCAAGUCAUACUCUGAGGCUCUGAGCCUCACGUCGCAAGUUCAAUGAUAACGGUUCAUUAA